GGCAGGUUUGCGGACGUGGCGGCGGCGCACGGCACUAAAGGCCGAGACGUUGGCGGCGGCGGUGACGGUCGACAGGGGCAGCCAAAAACGGAGGCUCGGCCAUGAACUGGCCCGGGACUGCAGCCCUGGCGGCGGCGGCGGCGGACCUGGUAGCCGUCUCCUCGUUGAGUCCCGCCUGCUAACGGGACAGAUUUUGACAUUAUGGCAGGGAGGCAUCAGAAUCGUAGUUUUCCUCUUCCAGGAGUUCAUUCAAGUGGUCAAGUACAUGCAUUUGGAAAUUGUACAGACAAUGAUAUGUUGGAGGAGGAUGCUGAAGUGUAUGAGCUUCGAUCCAGAGGAAAAGAAAAAAUCCGAAGAAGUACAUCGAAAGAUAGACUUGAUGACAUUAUAGUAUUAACAAAAGAUAUACAGGAAGGAGACACUUUAAAUGCAAUAGCCCUUCAAUACUGUUGUACGGUAGCAGAUAUCAAGAGGGUUAACAAUCUCAUCAGUGAUCAAGACUUUUUUGCCCUUAGGUCUAUCAAAAUUCCAGUAAAAAAGUUUAGUUCAUUGACUGAAACACUUUAUCCUCCAAAAGGAAGACAGACUUCACGUCCUUCAUCUGUUCAGUACCUUUCAGAACAACAGGAAGUUUUGUCAGCUAACGAUUCUCUUUCUUCCAGUGAGUCAGCUGGUAGCUUUUUAAAAGAAGUAGACCGAGACAUAGAACAAAUAGUAAAAUGUACAGACACCAAAAGAGAGAACCUUAAUGAGGUGGUGUCUGCCUUGACAGCACAAGUACGUUUUGAACCUGAUAACAAAAACAUUCAACGUAAGGAUCCUUAUUAUGGAGCAGACUGGGGAAUAGGGUGGUGGACAGCUGUAGUGAUAAUGUUGAUAGUAGGCAUAAUAACGCCAGUAUUUUAUUUGCUGUAUUAUGAAAUUUUAGCUAAAGUGGAUGUUAGUCACCAUUCAACAGUGGAUUCUUCACAUUUGCAUUCAGGAGUCACACCCCCAUCACAGCAGAGAGAAAUGGAAAAUGAAAUUGCUCCAACUAAAGGAAUACCCUUUGGCCCACAAGAUGACCAUAAGCUUUAUAGUCAAUAUUCUCAGUUACCUGCUGCUCAACACAAGACAUAGCAGUUAGUUCAGUUACAGUGUUAGUGAUCACCUGUGUAUCUGGAAUGUGGUGGGUGAAUCAGUUAUAUUAAAUAACCACUUCAAAGGCAGGAUUUAGGGAGACUGAAGAUGCUUUGUUUUUCACCUUUUUUUUUGUUUGUUUUUUGGAGCCAUUUACAAAUGGAUUGAGCAUAAAAUCCCUACAGUUGCUAGUUGUUGAUACUGAAAGCAGUAAAUCUGUGUAUCUGUUUUAUCAAUGCUUAAAGCAGAAAUGAAUUUAAAUAUGUGUCUCGGAAGUUCCUGGAAAAUGCAUUUUUUCUUAUUCAAGACUGGUUAUGUUCAAAUUUUAUUUUUUAAGCAAUUGUUUUUGGUUUGAGGUUAUUAAUAGUAAAUUCAUUAAGCAGAAUAAUGAUAGCAUCAGAUAUCUGCAACUGAAGAAAAUUUAUUACCAUCAAAAUAUUUAGUUGCAGAAAAGUUUGAUUCUAAAAUUAUUUGAUAGGACUUACUUAAAAUUUCAUUUCGAAACUUAAAUAAAACCCCACAUUUAGUACAUACGCUAUGAAAACAUAAGUAGAACAGAAAGGGGAAAGAAAUGUAUAAUGUCUGUAAUAGAAGCUGAGAUAUAUUAUUAUUUUUAAGCCCCCAAAUUAAUGUGUUACUGUUGGGAAGUUGCCAUUUGGUCACUAGAACACUGGAUUAUGUCAGGACCUAAAAGUUAUCUUUGUCUCUUAAAGAAUGCUGCCUCUGCUUCUGUUUUUUAAGUGAUUAUAUUUGCCUCUGAUGUUUGAAAGCACUUUUGUUGUUCUUUGAUGAAAAGUGUUAUACAUGUACAGAUUAGUAUUAAUUAGCAAAUAUUUCCUUACAUACUGUGAUAAGUUGUUGCUGUGUUACAUGUAAUAACAUGCCUUAAUUACAUUUAAUGCCUUAUAAUACUCUAUGUAAACUAGUAUAAUUUUUAGAAUUAAAAUUAAGCAUUAUUUCAGAUGGUCCAAUAGGAUUCAUAACAUAGGCUGUAUAAAUUUGUCUCCACCUUCACUGUCAGGCACAAGUUAAUGGGAUCAUAACAUUUUCGUUGUCUGUCUCUGAGGUCUGUUGCAGAAAAGCAAGGGUAAAGAGACCUUUUGCAUUAGCAAAAACAGACAAAUUGCUUUGUAUAUUGAUCCCUUAACCUCUGUUUUUCAAAGAGAAAAUGUUCAACUUAGGUCUUUAUUCCCUGAACUAGAGCAUCAAAUUGGGGAAGAGAGGCCAAAGGUGUAUAUGGAUUGGUCAAAAGAGUGCCACUUUUAAGAUCUGCUGUGGAUCAGAGUCUGGCUAAAUAAGCAUUUGCAUACUGAUUCCAUCAUUUAGUUUUUAAAAGUAUGUGUUUUUAAAAUGCUAUCAAAAUGAUUCAUUUGGUGGAGUCUGGCUUGCCUGUUUGUGUAUAAUAAAGUAUGUACCUGAAGAUAUAUUAUACCACCUCAUUUUCUGGGCAUUAUUUCCUAACUUUUAAGGUUUCAGCUUUUGACCAGUCAUUUUAUAUUUCAAACUUCAGUCUUGAUACAAAGUGGGGUGAAUAAAUAUAUAUGCUUAAUGAGGCUUAAUGUACUUUUAGGAGCAGUGUAUCAUAGAAAGACAGGACAAAGAUGUCAAACAUUAAAGCCCUUGCAUAUAUUAGAGGGCCUUAGACAAUUACCAAAAAGUGUUAAUAUGGAAGUUUGUAGCAAAUUGAUUUUUUGAGUUAACUCUAUUAGUUUAAGAUUUAAAAAACUGUUUUAAUGUGCUUUGGGCAUCUUGAGAAAAGUAUGAUCUUUCUAAUUUAUGCUCAGUGUUAACUUGGUCAGUUUACAUUGUAUUUAUUAAGCCUGCUGAAAAUCAAGUUUCAAGAAAGAAAAUACAGAUUAUUUUAGGGUAGAAUGGGCUAGAUGUCCUUUGAAGAACUUUGUUUACAUCAAAUUGAUGAAAUUACAGAGUCAGGGAUUCCUUUUUGCUAGUGGUACUUUGAAAUUGUGAUAGAGAAGUCUGAUUUAUAAAAUAAGUAACUUUUAAAAAAGUAAUGAGGUAUACUAUGUACUUGAUUAAAAACCUUUUCUGUCUUGCAGAGUGUCCUAUUCCUUGAAGGCAGUAUAACAUAUCCGUAUGACACAGGCAGUUUCCUUUGUCCAUAUAUUUGAAUUACAUUGGGUUGGCCAAAAAGUUUGUUUGGGUUUUUCCAUAACAUUUUACAGAAAAACCAGAGGGAACUUUUUG